AGAAAUCCCCCAAAAACCACAAACAAUGGGUUUUUAUUUUAUGAGUUGGAAAUCCAAUUUGACAAUCUUAAUACUAUUUAAGCAGCCGAUUACGAAGUUUAUUCAGUCUUGAACCUCUUAAGGGGUCGAGAAGAAACUGAGAAAGAUCCAACACAAUGCUUUUCAAGUGCACCCUGGUAUUGCUUGUUUGCAUACUCCUGAUUGACCCAUCAGAUGCGUGGGGCAGAAGACUUAAGAAGAAACUGAAGAAAAUUAUCAAGAAAGUGAAAGAACCGGUGAAGAAAAUUGGCUGUAAGGCUCUGUUCGCAGUAGCUUGUCCAGCCAAUACAAUCGCAAAAGUUGCUUGUACAGUCGGGGAGAGAAAGAUUUGCAAACGAAGUGUUGAUAUGAGUGUAAACAUAGAGCCGUUUUCUGACGACAUGAGCGAUUAUGACGUCAACGGUGACAAACGCGUGAACUACGAGGAGUUUGUGUCAGCGGUAACGAACACCGUCAACCUGGCCGAGCCGGCGGAGCUGCGCAGACCUUUCACGUUUGCUGAUGUCAAUGGUGACGGUGAAUUGGACACACAGGAGUUCAUUGCUGCCCCGUUCUUGUUUGCACAUGUCGAGCAUUCAAAUAAUACAAACACAAUAAGCACCGCCUAAGAGAGGGUUUUAGCCGACUUGGCAGUAUAUGUAUAAAUAUAUGUAUAAUAUUUACGUUCAGAAAUGUAAUGACUCUUGACAUUAAAUGUAUUUUCUGAAAAAAAUUACUUCUGAUUGAACGAUAUGCAAG